AAACAAUUCACAUACAUAGCUGUUCAUUAAUAACUGCCAGCGACUACAAACUAUCGUUCUAACAACCAUACUGAUCUAGCAAAGUCCAGUGAUUGUUACUAUUACAUUACACAAUCCAGAGGAACAAGUUAAUCAUUGGGACAGUGAAAUUUGUUUCUGAUUUAACAAGUAUCUGAUACUAACUCAAACAGGUGCUUGUACAACCUGUUCAAUGGGAUAAAAAGUACACUAUUAUUAAAGUUCACGCACUAUUUUCAUGGCCCUGAAUAUUGUUGAACCACUACGGAAAUUAAUAGCACUACUAAUAUCAACGAAUCUUUUGACAACCACAUCAACAAAAAACUCUCAAAAUAUAUUCUUCACACUUAUUUUGUAAUUAAUCAUGUGUGUCCCUUAAUGUUUAAUUAGAGGCAGAAAGAUUUUUUAAAAAAAAGACGAUUUCAUCAACAAAACACAAUUUUCUCAAAUAAACAUUUAAAUUCAACUAGACAAACUUACAUUUCCAUAUCAUGGAUAAUCGUGGAAGAAAGAAAAUUAAAUCAAUCACUUGUUUAGAUGACCAAAUCAACACCACUGCUUCUGUUAAUCACAAUAAACAAAACAAUUGUGACAACACUGCUAAUAACACUGAUAAUAUGAAUAGUAAUAAAAGUAACAAUAAGCAUUUUACAACAUCAUCAUCUUCAUCUGCAUCAUCCCCGCGAUCGAAAACAUCAAGAACAACAACACCAACAGCUACGACAACAACAACAACAACAACGAAUAAUCCCGCUCGACAAACUACAAAUACGUCAGCCCAUUCCACAUCAUCAUUAUCUUCUGAUCAAUCAACAUUAGUAACAAUGAAAACAAGUCCCAGUAUUGAUGGUGAGAAUAAAAAUGGUCAACUAGCAAAAUCCUCAUCACCAUCAUCACAGAACACUAACAAUACAACUAAAGUGAAUGAUAAUAAUCAUAGUUUUUCAUCAACUGAUUCUGGUCGUAGUAGCAUAAGUAGUAGUCAAACAAGCAAUGGUGAAGAAAUCACUGAGAAUAAUUUCAAUAAAACAAAAGUUAAUGAAUUGACGGUAACCAAAACUGAUAUCAGGUUAGAUAAUCAUAAAUUAGAUAGUGGUAGUAAUAGUAGUAGUAGUAAUGCUAGUAGUAGAAGUAAUCAUGAUAACAUUAUUGAUAGUUCACCGUCUGCUGUAAGUGAAUUGGAUAUCUAUUCUGAUGUGACUCUUAUACCCAAAUCAACUGUGACCAUAGAUUUCCCUAUAAAAUCAGGUAAAAAAUCUACCAAACGUGUUAAUGGACGUAAACCGGUCAAAGGAAUUAAAACAUCUACACGACAUAGUGUCGGUAGAACAAGACAAGAUGAAUUGAAACUACAAAAUGGAUUACACUCUGCAUGUGAGAUAGGAACAUCCUCGUCAAGUUCAUGCACACUACCAGCAUCUAAGGUCAACCAACAACAUAAUCUGGAGAAAAUAUAUCCACAGACAUUUAAAACAAAAUCUGUCAACAAUCAGUCAUCAUUUCAAGACUGUUCAAUUACUACGGAUAAUGUUAAAAACAACAUUGAGUCUAGUCAAGAAAGUCAACAAUCAACCACUACUGAUUUAUCAUCUUUCACAUCCCUUAGUUCAUCUUCACCAUCGUCAACCUCUCCAUGUUCAAUAAGCCGAACUAAUCGUAUUUCAGAGAAAAAUAUAAUCAACGAAAACUCUAAUCUAUCGGCUGAAAUUCAAAUAAGAACUUCAUAUAACGUUAACCAGAGAAGAAAAGAACUAUUCACUCAAAUAUCCAAUAAUGUAUCUGAUCAUGAAGGUGAUUCUUCAGAUAUAGAAACUACCACUUUCAAUAAUCUUUCAAUUGAUAUCAACACAUCGAAUGACAUAAAUGAAUUGAAUCGGGAAAUAAAAAGUGAAAUUUCUUCACCACUUGGUUUUGUUAAAACAAUAGAAAUUACCCGGUCUAAUUCAAUUCCAGAAAUUUUUGACAGUUCCAAAUCAAUUACAUCAAAAACUAUCACAACCUCAUGUGUUAUAGUUACAACGAAUGAACCGUUACGAGCUGAAGCAUCAAAUACCGUAAACUUAUAUCCUAGAUCAAAAUCCAAUUAUUCACCUAAAGAUUCAGAUCACUUUAAUAAUCAUCACUUUGGUACAAACAGACGAAAAUCUCGUUACAACUCAAACAACACUAACAACAUAGACUAUUCUAACUUUAAUUUAAAAUCACUACUUAAUAACAAAUACAUGAAAAGUUUUCUAAUGCAGCCUUUUUUAGUUCCGGAUUACAUUAAUGCUUCUGCAUAUACAACAAUCAACGGUUAUGAUUUGGCUAAUUUGAGAAAAUCAAUUCUCAAUACUGAAGGGAGUAAACAAAAUUUUCAAACAGCUGCAGCAGCUGCUGCUGCGGCGGCAGCCCUUUUACCAGAACCAGGUUUAUUCAUUAAUUCACCUUGUUACUACUGGCUACCAUCAUCAGGAUUUAAUAAUUCUACUAAAAAUACUACUACUACUACAUUUACUGCAGAUUGUGCAAAAAUGUAUAAUGAUAAAACUAUAAACAGCAAUGGAAAUAAUCACGUGACCUAUGCGAAUGGAGGUAACCGGUAUAUGUUGCAACAACUUACCAGUCAAACGAAUCAUGGAGUUGAUGAAUCAAAGUCUUGUGAACCUUCGAAAGUAUCUGUUCCAAAUGAUGAACUUAAUUAUACCAAACGCGAUUCUAGACUAUCCAAUAGUCAAAUUCAAACUAACAACAAUAGAAACAAAAUCAUAUCUCAUCCAAUAUCUCGUUCAAUGACAAAAUUGAAUUCUUUAACACCAGAAGAUGUGAUAAAUGGUGAUAAUUUUGAAAAUCGUCCCAGUUCAGCUAAAGAUGCAACUAUUAAUGAUGUACAGUCUAAAUCAGUGAAAGAUAAUAUUUCUACUACAUCCAUUUAUAAAGGAAAUAAUAGUAAAACUACUAAAACACAAUCAACCACAGAUUAUUUAAAUUUAGAUAAUAAUAUUAAUAGUUCUGAUAAAUUAGGUUCAAUUAAAUAUACAUCAAUUGAAUCUAAUCCAGAAAUGAUGCUCAUGAAUAUAACCAAUACAUUAGGACAACCAAUUUCGAUAAUUACUAAUCCAAUACAAAUUGAUACAUUACAAAUGCCCAAUGAAGAUGUUAUGAAUAUUGAUCGAAGUGGAACAGUUUCAUCAGCGGUAUCAUUGACAACAACAGCGGCAGCAGCAGCAUCGACAGUGACAAUAACAACAACAACAGGACUAACAACUAACUACAUUCCAAAUCCAGACUCAUAUUUAACAACUCCGACUACGUUCUUUUAUUUUUAUAACAAUGAAGGACAGUUAUUUGCACUGCCAAGUAAUGCACUAAUUUUUCCUACUACUGUUGGUCGUCUUGGCACAACAACUGCAUCGAAUGAGAUAACAUAUAAUAAUAAUAGUCCAUCAACAUUUAUUACUCCACAAGUUAAUGGUAAUACUAGUAAUAACAAUUAUUGUAAUAAUUCUUCUACUAAUCGUACUACAAGUUGUGUUUCUAGUUAUGAAGUUCCAGACCAAUUGUAUUCAGGUGCCAAUUAUAAUACUAUCAUUAAACAGACUGAUAAUAAUCAAUGUCGUGAACUUAUACCAGGUUAUACAGUGCCUAUACAACCUUCAUUUCUGAAUGGAUUUCAUCAAUGGGUACCUGGUCAAAUUACUUUAGACAAUCAAACAGGAGUUCAACAACUUCAAAACUCUUCAACUAAUUCGUUAAUGAUACCAUCAAAUCAAAGUGUCAUUUUACAUCCAUCAUGUCCAUUUCCUUUACCUUCAGUAGGAUUAAUUCAACCAUUGAUAUCAAAUAUUUAUUCGAAUCAAAAUUUCAAUUCUACACCUACUUCAAAUGAUAACACUAACAAUAACAAUAAUAAUAAUCGUAAUAGUUCAUCUAAACAAAAAAAUAAUCAAUCGAACAUUAAUUCACUAAUGAAUCGUUCUACAGAUCAAUUUAAAUUACGUCGUAUCACUAAUGAUCUACCAAGUUUAUUAGGCAAUGCUAAAUCAACACGUUCAGGAUUGACUUCUGGAAAAAUAAUCAAUUCUAGUAAUAAUCAUUCGGGAAAAUAUUCUGGAAAAGGUUUAAUAUCUAAUUUCUUAGAUGAUUAUAACAAUGCACUGAAUAAUCAAACUGCUGCUAAUCGUCAGAAAAAACAUGCAUCUAAGACAAAUUUAUAUAUUCGUGGAUUGCCAACUUCAUUCACGGAAGAAGAAUUACAUACACUAGCACCAGAUCGUAAAUUGAUACGAUCGGUUAAAUUAAUAGCUGGAUCUGAAGGGGAAAUGUAUGGAUUCAUAGACUUUGUGAAUAAUGAAGCGGCUAAAUCUGCUUUGUUGCAUAUCAAAUCGGGAAAUCGUGAAUUAUAUGUAAAUUUCGCUUACGAAUCUGAAAAAGAUCCACAAAAUGUUUAUAUAACCAAUAUUCCUGAAUCAUGGACAGCAUCGAACGUUGAAGAUUUGAAACAAAUUUUUCAACCUUAUGGACCAAUAGCAACUGCUAUUGUAAUGACGAAGAGAUCAAACAAUUUCUGUACAGGUGCUGGAUUCGUACGCUUUGUUCGUUCGGAAGAUGCACAAAAAGCAAUCGAUGGAAUUCGUAAUGCACGAAUCACAUUAGAAAAUGGUAAAGGACCAUUAGAAGUUAAAUUAGCUGAUAGACAAAAACCAUCAGACGAUCAACCGAAUGCUUCAAAAGUAAGAUCUUUGAAACGUAAUAGUGAACCACCGGAAUCAUCCACAUCAACAGGAUUAAUGAAUGGAAAUGAAGAGAAUGUGCGACGACAUUCACGUACAAGAAAACAAUCGGACUGUUUAUUACCUAAUGAUAAUCAUUUAUCGAAUCAUAAUCCCAAUACAUCAAAUCAAUUACGAUCGAAUCCUGGUGUUUUGGGUCCAGCUGCUGAUUUAACCUCAUGGGAUGUAACCAAUCGUCUUAAUAAUUCUGAUUCAUUUUUGUUAGCAUUACGUGCAGCUUGGGCAUCGAAUUCUUUGCAGAAUUCUAACUUUUUAUUACGUAAUUCUAUUGGACAAAAUAAUUUAACAUCGACUAAUGAAAACAAUCGUGGUUUAUUACCAAUUCCUAAUCAAACUGUACACUUGACCAAUUUAAUGUCACAACAAAAAGUACCUAAUGGAAUUUUACAUAGUCAAAAUCCUGUUCAACAUAGUUUAGUAAAUGGACCGACUGCUGUAGCCGCAGCUGCGGCAGCAGCUCAAGCUGUUACCGCUUUAUUGCCUUUUUCUAGACCAAUUGACAAUUAUUCAUUAUCACAAGCCCUUAUGCAUGCACCUGUUGCACCGACAAUGAUUGGUCCAAUGAUUCAACCAGCUUCCAAUUGGACUGCAAGUCCAUUAAUAUCCAACAUUUACCAAUCCAUAUAACACAUUCAUGAGAAAGUUUGGGGACAAAAAAAAGGAAUGUGAAAUUUCUAUAAAAAAUUUUCAUGAUAAGUUAUUGUUAUUUUUUUUUAAUCUUCUAACAAUUCAGAGAGUUUUUUUUCUAAAAAAAAAUGCAAACAAACAAAUAAACAUUUAUUUCUUUAGAAAACAAAAACAACAGUACAGAACCUAUUUCCACAUAUUACAUCAUAGAUGCUACAAUGAAUAGGAUUAGUAGUAAAAAGAAAAAUUAUUUCAAUCAACUUGAUCAAAAAACAAUAUACACAUCAGUUUAGUUAGGCGUGUGCGUGUAUGAUUAUGUAUGUGUAUGUUUAAGUUUUGCUUGUGAAUAAUAAGUUUGCCAUGCCACAUACUACUACUACUACUACUACUACUAGUAUGUCGUUUAUAGUGAAUUGACUAAAAAACUGUUACAUUUGAUGACAUGUUAAUAUCUCAUUUGAUUUGAUUUGACUUGAAGAAUAUUUUUUUGUCAGUGAUAAUUUGUUUGUUUGUUUGAUUUCUUUCCACACACAAAUAUUUUCCAUUAGCAUUUAACAAUAUAUACAGUUGUAUUGUAUGUAUUCAUUCACCUUGGCAUUUUCUUAGGUGAAUUAUUGUUGUUGUUGAUGUUGUUGUUGUUGUUCCUACUCUCUUUACUUUUCCAUCAUACACUUGUACUCAUUCACUUUGUAACAGAAGGUGACAGAAAGCAGAAGAAAAACUUAUUUUAAUAAUAAUAAUAAUAAUAAUAA